AUCAGUAUAUCUGGUCUUCAGUCGAACAUGGACAUUGCAUUAGACAAAGAGUAUUCCCCCAGUUUAUGGUGCAGACGAUUUUCCAACGGAGAGGACGUAGUAAAAUCUCACAUAGAAUUUGCUAGUCGGGAAAGUAGUAGAGUGCGAAGCAAAUUUAAAUAUGAAACAAUUUUCUACGGCAUCGGAGCGAAUGAAAACAUUGAUCUAUUCGGUAUUGAUUUGCCAACGGACGCUCCAGUUGUGGUUUACAUUCAUGGCGGAUAUUGGCAACAGUUGAACAAGGAAAUGUCGGCAUAUUGCGUAGAUCCUUUGGUUUCAAAUGGAUUCCGAGUCAUUGUGGUAGAGUAUGAUCUUUGUCCUACAGUCACACUGAAGAAAUUAACUCAGCAGAUAACAGAAUGCGGUCAAUUUAUCUUAAACUACGCGGAGCGGAUGCAAUGUGGACAACUAACUUUUUGUGGUCAUUCAGCUGGGGCGCAUCUCAUUCUUUGUAUGAUUGAAAACAUACAGCACGCAUCAGUGAAACCCCUUCCUAUUCACUCGCUAUUUUUGAUAUCUGGCAUUUACGACUUAACAGAACUCCAACACACGUCCAUAAACAAAGAUAACAUUUUAUCGAUCGAUGCAUCAAAUGUCGACGAAUUAUCGCCGUUAAAAUUCGAUUUCAAGAACUGGUCCCGCCAACAAUUUCAUGUCAAUAUUUGCGUGGCAGAGAAUGACAGUCCAACAUUUAUUAAGCAGAGUUUAAAGUUGUUAAAUCGCUUGAAUGCGAAUGGAUUGAAAACGAAACUUUGUUUCAUCGAGAACCGGGAUCAUUUCGAUAUUGUGGAAAAACUGUGCGACGAAUCGUUUGAGCUAACACAGGAUUUGCUCAAAAGCCGUUCGUUAGCGCAUCGUUGAAUAGUGAGCAAUUACCCAAUUUAGACUAAUAAAAUAAAAGAAUUUCUACUGAAACUG